AUGUCUGUUGACAACAAGCUUGAUGGUAUGCCUCGGCGCUCAAAUCAAUCUGCUAGGCCAUCAUUUUCCUCUACUAGGACUGGGUCAAGUACUAAUACAACAGCUUCAGUGAUUUUGGAACAAAACAAUAGUGAACCUUACUCUGGUGCAGCUGUAGAAACAGUACCAAGUUCCAUUGUUUCAUUCUAUCAUCCUCACUCUUUCCAAUCAAGUGGAUAUGGUGUUAGCGCCAGUUCGUCUAACUUCGAAAGACGAGGCCAAACGUCUGAAAAUGAAAAUGAUGCAUUGCUAUUGAGCGCAAGUACCUCUCGUCGUUCCAGUGCUUCUAGAGGAGGUCGAGGGUUUCACUUCUUCACCGAAGCUCAGGUUGAAAAUGCAGAAGGUAUUUCAUCCAGUUUAGAAAAUGCAGACUAUGACAUGGACUGGGAUGCGAUACCGACUUAUGAACAAGAACGUUUGCACAUUCAACCUAAGUCAUCUAAGGCGUCCUUAAGACAUAACAGCAAUGAUUUUGCUAUGAAAACCCUUGUAAGUCAAAGACAGAAUUCUUUGCGUUCUCAUCCACUGGAAAACCGUACCUAUUCCACAUCUCCUCGCUCUUCUUCAAGUUCGUCUAGAUACACACUAAGAGACAGAAUUCCUGCAGAGUUGGAACCUGAUGAAACAAAUGACCAGGAUGACACUGAGCUCCGAUCCAACGAGAGCUCAGAAGAAGCAGAUGAUGAUGAUUUAUCAAACGAAGACUAUUACUCUAGAGCAGAAGAGAAUCAAGAGCAAGCGAAGAAAUCAUAUCAUGCAAAAUUCUUGAAACCAGAGUACCACGACAGAUUUUUCCCUCAUAAUGUCCCACAUUUGCACUAUCAGAGAUUCUAUAUCGCAGAAGAGGAUCUAGUUGUCGCUAUCGCGGGAUAUCGUACUUCACAAUUCAAGCUUUACUGCUACUAUUUUCUUUGUAUCAUUUCUCUUGGAUUUGCAUAUUUGCUAUUCAGAUGGAAACCUUCAAUGAAAGUGAAAUUGACUGGUGUGAAAACACCUUUGGGGAAAGCGGAAUGGGUUGUAAUAGAAAAUGAGUUUGGAGAACUCACUAUAGAACCAGUAAAGAGAAGAUGGUAUAACAGACCACUCAGUACCGUUUUGAUGGAAAUAAACGAAGACAGAAUAAAUCCUCCAGAAGGCCACCAUUACCAUCAUGAAACAUCUUCAAAUCCAAACUUGCCUAUCUUAAUAACUUUCAAUUACAGAUACUUUACCUUAGUUUAUUCCCCUGUUGCCGACAUUUUUAAAAGUAACAGUAACUGGGCAGAUCCUGACUGGUUGGACUUAGAACAAGUGCAGAAGGGUCUUUCGUCAUCAAUACAGGAAGAUAGAACGCUUGCUUUCGGAAAAAACGCAGUAAACUUAAAGCAAAAGACUGUGUUUGAAAUUUUAUUUGAUGAAGCACUUCAUCCAUUCUACGUCUUUCAAAUCUUCUCUAUAGUCCUUUGGUUAGCUGAUGACUACUACUACUACGCUGGUUGCAUUUUCAUCAUUUCAGUUUUAUCCAUUAUUGACACCGUACUAGAAACGAGAAAGAACUCUGCAAGAUUAGCAGAAAUGUCUCACUUCAGCUGUGAAGUUCGUGUCUACAAGGAUGGUUUCUGGACGCAAGUAAACUCAUCCGAACUUGUUCCAGGUGAUCUCUUUGAAAUAUCAGACCCAUCGUUAACGGCUUUACCUUGUGAUGCUGUACUAAUAUCUGGUGACUGUAUUGUAAAUGAAUCAAUGUUAACCGGUGAAUCUGUCCCUGUUUCCAAGUUUGCAGCAACUGAAUCUACUAUGGUUCAUCUUUUAGAAGAUUUUAAAUCUUCCCAAGUCUCAAGCAUUGUUUCAAGAUCAUUCCUAUUCAACGGGACUAAAAUUAUCAGGGUUCGUAGUCAGCCGGGAAUGGGUAUGGCCUUGGCACUAGUGACGAGAACAGGUUUCUCUACUACCAAGGGCUCGCUUAUUAGGUCUAUGGUGUUCCCAAAACCGGUGGGAUUCAAAUUUUAUGAAGAUUCCUUCAAAUACAUUGGUUUUAUGACACUAAUUGCUAUGCUUGGAUUCUCAAUAAGUUGUAUUCAGUUCAUUAGAUUAGGAUUGGAGGUCAGAAUUAUGGUACUUAGAGCCCUUGAUAUAAUUACAAUUGUGGUGCCACCUGCUUUACCUGCUACAUUGACAAUUGGGACAAGUUUUGCAUUAACAAGAUUAAAGAAAAAGGGGAUCUUCUGUAUCUCACCAACCAGGGUUAAUGUUGGUGGUAAAGUUGAUCUUAUGUGCUUUGACAAAACAGGUACACUAACUGAAGAAGGUUUAGAUGUUCUUGGUGUUCAUUUCGCAGAACCAAAAGGUUCUUCAUCUGUCCUACAUUUGAGUAAGUUGAUAACUAGUUGCGAUGAUUUGAUCAAGAAAGACAAACUAUCUGACUGUAAAAACCAGAAAGAGUUUAAGGAAAAAAAUCUAUUUAUGUCACUUUUAACAUGUCACUCUCUAAGGAACAUUGAUGGGGAACUUUUGGGUGAUCCACUAGAUUUCAAAAUGUUUGAAUUCACUAAAUGGGAGUACGAAGAAGGUUAUGAGAGUUGGAAAUUCAAAAACGGCGAAGAUAAAGCGGGAAUCUCACCUGCUGUCGUUCACCCUACGGCAAAUUCACCUUUCAUCGAAAACGAUCCAAAUAACUUAAUUGGAAUCGUUAGAAGCUUUGAAUUUUUAUCAGAGUUGAGAAGAAUGAGUGUCAUAGUUAAGGGGUUCAAGGAAAACAAUUACUGGUCAUACACCAAGGGUGCUCCUGAAAUUAUAGCGGAUAUCUGCAAUCCUUCAACAAUUCCGAAGAAUUUCCAUGAACUUUUACAAUAUUAUACCCAUAAUGGGUUCAGAGUGAUCGCAUGUGCAGGGAAGUCUUUAGCGAAAAACUCUUGGCUAUACUCUCAAAAGGUUUCGAGAGAAGAAGUGGAGGAUAAUUUGGAGUUUUUAGGUUUCAUUGUUUUUGAAAAUAAGCUAAAAACUCGUACAAAACAAGUGUUACAUGACCUUCGCGAUGCGAAUAUCCGUACGGUAAUGUGUACUGGUGAUAAUGUUUUGACUGCUGUCUCAGUUGGUAGAGAAUCUGGUCUAAUAACUUCGGAUAGAGUUUUCAUUCCAUCCAUAAAUGAAAACCUCGGUGAAAAUGACCAACUGAUUUCAUGGAGAGACGUCGAUGAUCCAAAUUCCUUCCUGGAUUCUGUAUCUCUAGAACCUCUGACUGAUUCGGAAAAGAGCUACAGUUUGGCUAUUACAGGUGAUAUAUUCCGAAUUCUAUUUAGAAAUGAUGAAAUUUUACCAGAAAAUUAUAUUAAUACUAUCUUAUUGAAAGGUUCUAUUUAUGCUAGAAUGUCUCCAGAUGAGAAACAUGAAUUAGUGGAACAGUUACAGAAAUUGGACUAUAAUGUUGGUUUUUGUGGUGAUGGUGCGAAUGAUUGUGGUGCUUUGAAAGCGGCUAACAUCGGUAUCUCAUUGUCUGAAGCUGAGGCAUCUGUUGCAGCACCAUUCACGUCAUCUAUUUUCGACAUUAGCUGUGUUUUGGAUGUAAUCAAGGAGGGCAGGGCAUCAUUAGUCACAUCUUUUUCAUGUUUCCAAUACAUGAGUUUAUACUCCGCCAUCCAAUUCAUCACUAUUACUAUUCUAUACAGUCGGGGUUCCAAUCUUGGCGAUUUCCAAUUUUUGUACAUUGAUCUUUUAUUAAUUGUGCCCAUAGCAAUAUCGAUGUCAUGGUCUAAACCGAGCGAGAAAUUGGUAAAAAAGAGGCCCAGUGCAAACCUUGUUUCUCCAAAGAUUCUAGUCCCACUCUGUCUCAAUAUUCUAAUCAUUCUAAUCUUCCAACUAAUUCCUUGGAUUGCAGUUCAGUACACCUCAUGGUACCUGAAACCAAUUCCUGCUGGUGAUGAUGCGGUGCAAUCGAGUGACAAUACUGUUUUGUUCUUUGUAUCGAACUUCCAAUAUAUACUAACGGCAGUGAUUUUAUCACAGGGUCCACCAUACCGUGAGCCGCUAACCAAGAACUACGGCUUUGUUAUCGAUAUUUCUGUUUCCCUCAUUAUGAGUUUUGCCCUAAUGAAUUUGAAUGUUAACAGCCCAUUAGGAAAACUUCUCCAAUUGACAAACAUAUCUGGAUCAUUCAAAUGGUUCAUCAUCGCAACUGUUAUAGCGAACUUUUACUCCGAAAAGUAUAUCCCAGAAAAGGCCAAGAACCUUUUCAAAAAGAAGUAUAGCAGCAAAAGAUACAAAAACAUUCUAAGAAUGCAGCAACAGGCUGUUAAUGUGUAA